AUGCCCGUCCCCAUGCUAGCAGAAGGACCGAUGGAGGGGCUGGGGGAGACCUUGAGGACAGAGCCGCACGAGGGAGCCCCCAUCCUCACCUCCCGUCCUCCAGCCCACCCACCCCCAAGAGCACCACUUCCCCACCCCCACCCUCAGGUCCCGGUAGUAUCCAGGGGGGCAGCCAAGGCCCUGGCCUUCUUGGCGGAGCCGUGCUCCCCGACCCCCACGUUGCUCCAUGGCCAGCCCCCCUCUCCGUCCCCAACCCCUGACCCCACGGUUGCAGGCGGUCCACCGGGAGAGCACGCGGCACACCUCUGCCCCCACCCUCAGGGGCUCCUUAGAGCACCACGUGGAGCAGCCAGGGCUCUGGCCUUCCUAGAGGAGCCAUGCUCCCCGACUCCUACCAACACCCAGCCACCCCUACCGGCCCACUACCCCCCCCUCCACCAGGCCCCCCCCCACCCGGCUCAUGGGAGCGGCGGCACCCGGGUAGAGGGGCCCACAGGAGAGGCCACCACAGAGCCCACACAAAUCUCUCUCCCCCCACCGCUUGUACCUCGCUCUAACCUCCACACUGGCCCAGCCCCUCGACCCCCACCUCCAACCCCCCCUCCCGGCCGGGUUCCCCACGAGUGGCCCCGUUGGGCAGCCAUCACCCCCCACACACAGCCUGCCCGAUCUGUUCCCACGGAGGGGGAUGUUUCGAGGAGAGAGGGGAUGCACACAGAGCACCCCCCGCCUGGCGAACCACCCAUCCUCCCUCCACCCACCCCUUUGGCCCCACAGCCCCCCCUUCCUUCACAAACAGGCGCGGACAACCAGGUUGGCCGCCGGCGGAAGAACAGGGGCAGAGGAGGCAGAGGGUCAGCCCACGUACUCCCCCCUCCCUCCCUCCCCCACCAAGAGCCCCUCCCCACCCCACAUCCCGUUGAACCCUUACCAGGCCCUACCUCUACAGCCCGACCACCAAACCUACACUCCCGCCCCGCUCCUGCACCUCCACAGGGCCAUGGGAGCGGACCAGCCCACUCACCCCCAUUCUGCCCCUCUCGUGCUGUGUCCCCCUCCCAGGUGGCGGCGGCCGCGAUCGCUACUGGGAUGGAGGCCGUCGGGUUGAGGGAUGCGCCCAUGGAAGACGCCACCGACUCCCCCUCCCAUCCCUCCCACCCCUUCCAUGUCGACGACCCCCUACCGCAACCCAUGGUGAUUGGGGAGGGCCAAGGGGGCCUUCUAGGGCAGGGUCCACACCCGAGCUCCGCUCAGCCAGCAAGCCCCACUCCCACCCUCUACCCUGCCAGCCCUCCUACUCUCACCUACAGGCAGGCAGGUCUUCGAGACCCCAGAGGAGGUGAGGGCUGGCAUUUCAGAUUUGCUGGCGAUACACCGCCCGAGCAGCUCUCCGGCUGCCCCCACCCUUCCAGUCCCACAGGACCGGACCCGGACGUAUGCGGAGGUCACCCGAUGGGGUGGCGCCUCCCCCCGUUCAGCCCCGUGGCGCAGGAGGUCACCAGCAGUAGGGAUGAGGCAUCCGCCCCUACCGAGACCCCUCCGCCUGGGGUAGCAGAGCCGUCACUUGAACCGCACCCCGCCGAGGGGCAGGAGCACACCACGGCACACACUUCAGGCUCACCUCCACGUCCCCCCUCCCCAGCUUCGACACCGGUACCGUCGUCUCCUCCCCUCAUCCCAGGCGAUCCUCUCGGAGCUCAGGCCGCCCACGGGGUCCCCUCUACAGCCAGUUCCGACGCCACGGCCCCGAUUGACCCCGCCGACACGGCGACAUCACCCGACCAGGUCGUGAGUUGCCCCACCUGCAGGAGCUCUCUCGCGAACCGACGCGCGCUCCAGCACCACAUUCCCUUCUGCCAUCCUGCGGACGCGGCUCGCAGGGCGCAGGCUGCCCAUGACUACCGCCUCGAUCAUCCCUUCCCUCUCACAGCCCCUGCGAUCCUAGUCCGCAUUGCCCAGGACCCGGAGGCUGCUGGCCCUACCUUCCUCCUCGCUGCAGCGCCGACUCUUUUCCUUGUUCCAGCGACGCCACCCGACCGCUCGCACACGGCUGCCAUUGCAACGCGCAUCUCCCGCUUUGGUCGAGGUGAGUGGGCUGAGCUAGUCUCAGAUGCACUAGGCCGUCGCACACCCCUUCCUCGGCGCACAGGUCACCGGUCACGCACCGCCACCGAUCCCUCUACAGCAGAUGAGCGCCGCAUUGCACGUUGCCUUCGUCUGGCAGCGUGCAAUGAGACCUCACGGGCGUGCGCGGCUCUCGAGUCCGCGGAGGCAGCCCCAGAUACACAGGGGACGAUACAGCGCCUGCAGUCGAAGCACCCCAACGCGGAGAGGCCGACCCCAGCUUGGCAGUCUGGCUUCCAGGGGUCCCCUCUCGUGCUCUCGGUGGAUCACUUACGCCAGCGCGAUUUUCACAGCUCCGCGGGGCUCUUCGGGAGGACCAUGGCGAGGGUCUUCUUGGCGUCACAGCAGUUUGGGGUGGGGGUUACGUGCGGGACAGAGGUCGUAGUUAGAGGCGUCCGCCGCGCUCUGGCUGACCACCCAGACUGGGUGGUCCUGCAGCUAGACGUGGCGAAUGCCUUUAACUCCUUCCACCGAGACUGGAUGUUCCAGGCGUUGCAGGCCAGCCCGGAGUUUCAGUGCCUGAUCCCCUUCAUCGGCCUCUUCUACGGGACGCCCUCGGAUCUCCACUACAGGUCAGGCACGGGAGUGGUCACGAUGCACUCGGAGCGGGGCACUCGCCAGGGAGACCCUCUCAGCCCCUUCUUGUACGCUCUGACACAGCGUCUUGCUUUGGAGCCGGUUCUGGUGGAGGGGGAUGUCCAGCUCUGGUCGUACGCCGAUGACACGUACGUGCUAGGUCCCCCAGACAGGGUGCUGCACCACUUUGCCGAGAUCGUGAGGCGCUUGGGCGAGAUGGGCCUUGCAGCCCAGCCGCACAAGUGCCUCGUCUACCAGACAGAGUCCUUUCUGUCCAGGGAUCUGGAGGCCUUCACGGGCCUAGGGAUCGAGGUCGCACGCCGAGGGCUCACCGUGACAGGCGUACCGAGUAGGCACCGUUUCGUUCGUGGAGCAGAGUCUCCCGGAUCGUCUCGAGAGGAUGGGGCGGGUGCUACCUUGGCUUCCGAGGUUGCGCCAGCCCCAGACAGCUGCCCGCCUUCUGUCGGCGUGUGUCAGCACUCGUCCGCAGUACCUGUCGAGGACCGUCCCUCCUUCGCCCGCAGUGAUCUCUA